AAAUCAAACAACCCUCUAACCUGGAACUUUUAACACCGGCAGAGACAUGAAGGGAGCCGCCGGCGGCACGCGACGGACCGAGGAAGAAUGACGGCGGAGGAAUAAAUGGCGACAUGUGACGUGCGUUCCUAGUUUCACUUUUUCCAGCGCGUCGCGGUUGUUUUUCUGCGCGCGGAGGAGCUGACAGAGGCCGGCGCGCGCGCGCGCCCACAGCACUUGUCCUCGGUGGAUCAUGCAGUAGAGGGACCAUCUACAUCACCUUUUCUCCCCAAACGUGUCAUCGUGAUACAGCCUCAAUAUGGCCUCCUCCCCGGAUAUUGAAGCGAACCCGUUACCACUACUCCAGCUCCAGGAGGUGGACUCCAGCAAAACCGCAGACAGGCCAACCUCGCCAGGACUAGUACAUGCCACCUACAGUCCUCCUGUGUGUGUUGACAGCCACACUGUCUGCAUUCCCUCUCCAUACACAGACAACAGCCAUGAGUACAGCCACGGCCACAGACCGCUGACCUUCUACAGCCCGUCUGUGCUGAGCUAUGCCAGGCAACCAGUCAGUGACAGUCCACCGUCGCUUUGCCCAUCUCUCAGCCCACCAGCAUUCUGGCCCUCCCACAGCCACCCCAAUGUUCCGUCAUUAACUUUGCGCUGCCCUCAGCCUCUGAUGUACAACGAGCCCAGUUCCCACACACCCUGGCUGGAGCCCAAAGCCCACAGCAUCCCCACCAACAGCUCGAUCAUCAGCUGUAACAAGCUGCUGGGGAAGAGACCUGAUGAGGAUGUGGAAGGAGUAAACUCCUCUUUAUGCUCAUCUGCGGUGGCAAAAGCCGACAUGCACUUCUGCGCCGUGUGCCACGACUACGCCUCUGGGUACCACUAUGGCGUGUGGUCCUGUGAGGGCUGCAAGGCUUUUUUCAAGAGGAGCAUCCAAGGACACAAUGAUUACAUCUGUCCUGCCACUAACCAGUGCACUAUAGAUAAGAACCGGCGUAAAAGCUGCCAGGCCUGCCGAUUGCGCAAAUGCUAUGAAGUGGGCAUGAUGAAAUGUGGUGUGAGGCGUGAACGCUGCAGCUAUCGAGGAGGAAGACACCGUCGUGGUGGACUUCAGCCUCGAGAUCACACAGGGGGCAGAGGAUUGGUUAAAGUGGGACUGGGAUCACGGACCCAGCAGUAUCUCCACCUGGAACCACCUUUUAACUCACUAGCUCCACUCCCCAGACCUAACCAAAUGCACCAUUCGACCAUGAGUCCAGAGGAGUUCAUUUCACGCAUCAUGGAUGCGGAACCUCCAGAGAUCUACUUGAUGGAGGACCUUAAGAAGCCAUUUACUGAAGCCAGCAUGAUGAUGUCCCUCACCAACCUGGCUGACAAGGAGCUGGUUCUGAUGAUCAGCUGGGCCAAAAAGAUCCCCGGCUUUGUGGAGCUGAGCCUUUCCGAUCAGAUCCACUUGCUAAAAUGCUGCUGGCUGGAGAUCCUCAUGUUGGGCCUGAUGUGGAGGUCUGUGGAUCAUCCUGGAAAACUCAUCUUUUCUCCAGACUUCAAGCUCAACAGGGACGAGGGUCAGUGCGUGGAAGGCAUCAUGGAGAUCUUCGACAUGCUGCUGGCGGCUACGGCUCGGUUCCGUGAGCUGAAACUGCAGCGGGAGGAGUAUGUGUGUCUGAAAGCCAUGAUCCUCCUUAAUUCCAAUCUGUGCACAAAUUCCCCGCAGACGCCUGAAGAACUGGAAAGCAGGAAUAAGCUGUUGCGUCUGCUGGACUCUGUGAUUGAUGCUUUGGUCUGGGCCAUUUCCAAACUGGGUCUGUCCACACAGGAGCAGACGCUGCGCCUUGGUCACCUGACCAUGCUAUUGUCCCACAUCCGACAUGUCAGCAACAAAGGCAUGGACCAUCUGUCCACCAUGAAGAGGAAGAAUGUGGUGCUGGUGUAUGACCUCCUCUUGGAGAUGCUGGAUGCCAACACAUCCAGCAGCAGCAGUCAAACAUCUGCAUCCCCGUCCAGCUCAGACACCUACUCUGACCAUCACCAGUACACACAACCCUCUGGUCAAGACCAAAACAGUGUCCCUCUACACAUGCCGGCUGAGUCACCGAUCCUUGACCAGCAUCUGCAGACUCUGUCCCUCCAGUCUACACCUCCGCCUCACGGUUUGACAGUGACACACAUGGAAAACAAUGACUACAUCCACCCAGAGUCAUGGCCGCUGGAUACAGGGGACACCGACCCCUCUGUGGAAGCAACGGAGUACAUCAUCCCCGAUCAAGGUAUCAGGGAAACCACCUUACAGGGGUAAGGGAUUUAGAGCAAAACGGACUCUGGCAAUGAACCAGAACUGUUUCUCGGGAGGCUCUGCCCAAACCCCAGAAGAUCGAGUAAAGGAAACUUUUUUUUAUAGUGCUCUUGUGAGGUAAAUGUUCUUGUGUCUUUGUUCAACACCCCUACUCCCCCAUGUUGCCAUGUUUUUGCUCUUUGGGAAACAAAAAAAAAGUGUUUUUGAUUGAAUGUAUAUUUUGUGCUGGUAAAUUGUCUCUGUGAAGGUGCAUUAGGUGUCAGUCUUUGCUCUUUUUUGAUAUACAGUAUUUGUACCAGUUUUUUCACCUUGGUGUCACAUUCUGAACAAGCCAUACUAUCUGCAGUCACUCACACAUGGUCAGCAGCACAGUGAAAAUCCGGUUCUGUGCUUUCUCGUUCUCCUCACUACAAUGUUUCGUGUACACUGCUGAAGUCGGCACCUGGUCUGCCAGGAAUUUUUUACUCUUUGUACAAAGUGUUGGUCAGAAAGCAGCAGUUUGUGGCCUUUUAAUGAAAUGACUGUUAGCAUAGUCCAUGUGAUUAAACUAAGGCUGGAUUUACACUAGGCUCCCUGCAGCACACACAGAUUUUACUAUAAAAGGGUAACCUAUCAGAUUAGACUCUCAAGACAUACCAUAAGUAAAAAGAGAAAACCGAACUUACUGCAUAUCUAAUUGAAAAUUAACAAAUGCACUUUAUAAACAAAUGAAAUACAUUAUUUCUCUGUGUACUUUUUGUUUGUUGUAAUAUUUAAUUUCACUCAGGGAGUGAGUGCAGUUUAUAAUUAAAUGCUACAUUAUAUCACUCUAGAAUGCUUGAACUUGAACAGAUGUUAUAAUUAAUGUUGCAUCUUUCCAUAAACUUGUAAACACAGAUAAAACAGAAAAGGUUAAUACAAUUUAAUUUUAUUCGUAAAACAAGAAACUGUAUUGCCAGAGUUACUCAUCAUAGGGGUCAUGUGACCUAAAAUGAAAUCUAUCUCCACCAGGGAAGAAAUGGAUUACUAUUGAAUGAGAGCCACAU